UCACUUUCGUUUCUUUGCUUUGCUCUCAGUCAUGGCGUCUGCAGAUGUGAGAAAGGAGCUGCUGGAUUGUUCUGUCUGUCUGAACAUUUAUACGGAUCCUGUAACCCUGAGAUGUGGACACAACUUCUGCCGGGUCUGUAUUGAUCAGGUAUUGGAUACACAGGAAGGAUCUGGAGUUUAUUCCUGUCCUGAAUGCCGAGGAGAGUCUGUGGAGAGGCCUGUACUGAUAAGGAACAUAACUCUGUGUAACAUUGUGGAGAGUUUCCUCUUUCCUCAGCCAACUCAGGAUGAGACUGGAGUCUUCUGUACUUACUGUGUGGACUCUCCUGUACUGGCUGUUAAAUCCUGUCUGAUGUGUGAAGCUUCUUUAUGUAAUAAACACCUGAGAGUCCACAGCAAGGCACCUGAACAUGUCAUGACUGAACCCACCACCUCCCUGGAAAAUAAAAAGUGCUCUGUCCAUAAGAAGGUCCUGGAGUAUUUCUGCAUAAAGGACUCUGUCUGUGUCUGUGUGUCCUGUAGGUUAGAUGGAGAACAUCAGGGACAUCAGGUGGAGAUACUGGAUGAGGCCUCUGAGAAGAAGAAGAAAAGACUGAGAAAUGUUCUGCAGGAGCUUAUCACCAAGAGAGAGGAGACUGAGAGAAGAGUCCGGAGUCUACAGCAACACAGGGACAAGAUACCAGGAAAAUCAGCUCAUGUAAAAGAAGUGGUCUCUGCCCUGGUCAGAGAUAUCAUAGGACAGCUGGGAGACCUGGAAAGGAGGGUCCUGAGUGAGAUCUCCAGGCAAGAAGAACAAAUAUCAUUGUCAUUUUCGGACCUUCUCCAGCACCUGAAAUCAAAGACAGAUGAAAUGUCCAGGAGGAUCCAUCGCAUUGAGGAGAUGUGUAACAUUACUGAUCCACUGACUCUCUUACAGGAUUCAGAUGGAGUUGACUUUUGUAAAACCAAGGGAGAUGAUGAAGACAUAGAGACACAUAAAAAACUGCUCCACAGUGAUGGUGAACUAGAUGUGACUGCAAUCUCACAGACAUUACACACAUUAUCUGACAUUGUAAGAAGGGUAAAUAGAGGCAUCUAUGUUCAGGAAUCUGCAGACAUAUUACUGGAUGUAAACACGGCUGGUAAUUGUCUACAGAUAUCAGGUGACUUGAAAACAGCAUCCUACUCAAAGAACCAGAAACACCCAGAAACAGCAGAGAGAUUUCAGCAUUCUCAGUGUAUAACAGUGAUUUACAAGAGGACAGUUUCCUGGGAUCCUGCUCCUUCCUCUGCUUUGGGAGUAGUCCAGUGUAUCACAAGAUGUGAGUUCCUUGUAAACACCGAAAGUGGUUAUAUAUCAUCAGGCCGCUGUGUGUUCUUCGGAGAGAUGGUAGCACUUCCAGCAUACUCACCCAAGUUUAAUAUAACCAGAUCAUAUUUCUUCCUCCUAGGAUUCCCCCGGAGGAGAUGAUGCCUGAGUCUUUGUUUAUCUCUGCAGCUGCAGUGAUAUAUGUCUGUAUAUUAACAUUUAAAUUCACCUUUGUGGCUCAAAAAUAAAUAAAUAAUAUAAAGCAAAGAUGGAUAACGUGAUGAUACAUUUCAUUAAAAUAUUUCCUCAGUUCAUAAUAUAGCCUUCCCUUCUAUACCUUUAUCUAAAACACCAUCAAAUACAAAUUUAUUUUAUUCAAUUUUUGUAUGGGCAGAUUUAAAGGGAAAGUAUAGUGAUUUUCCUGUUUUUUGUAUAUUUAAAAAAAUCACUGGUAUAACGGUAAGCAGGAGUGCUAACCCAUUAACCAGACCUGACCAGAGGGCACUUCAGUCUAGAUCAGGGGUGU